CUACUCUGGGCAAGAGACCCUGUGCAUCUACCCGAACUAUUCCUCGAAUGAUUUUAUACAUGAAAUAUAAUGGGUUUUUCUGUUCUUUUGUCCCCUCUUCUAGUGACCCAAGACCAACAAAUCAGAGGGUGAACAAGCACGUCAAUAAUGAUGUGAACUUGCGCGUUCAAAACCUGACUAUAUUAGUCAGGCACAUAAAGAACUACUAUCAGGAGUGUCUGCAACAGUUGGUGGUAAUGAAUCUGCCAAAUGUACUCCUGAUUGCAAAAGACCCUCUCUCAGAAAAAAGCAUGGAUGAAAUUAAGAAGGUGCUGCUACUAAUGCUGGGAUGUGCUGUGCAGUGCGAUGGUAAGGAAGAAUUCAUUGAGCAGAUCAAACAGAUGGACAUCACAACUCAGACUGCGAUAGUGGCUCAUAUUCAGGAGAUCACCCACAACCAGGAGAACGUGUUUGACCUUCAGUGGAUGGAGCUGACCGAGGUAACCGCUGAAGAUCUGGAGACUCUGUCACGGUCAAUGGUCUUCCAUCUGAAGAGACUCCUUGAUGAUCGGGAUGAGUACUCGGAGAUGAUUGUGGACCUCACCCAGGACCGCGACUACCUGCAGAUGCAGCAGCUUCUGCCGAGUCCCGUCAACUGCUCGAGUCCCGACUGCCCGGCCGGUUCUCCCAACGGGAAGCUGGACAAAGGGGAGAAGCAGCACCUGGCGGUGGACCUGGCCGACACCAAGGCAAAGCUCAGAAGGAUCAGACAUGAGCUGGAGGAAAAGGCUGAGCAACUCAUAGACUCCAAGCAUGAAGUGGAACGACUUGAUUCAGAGCUGCAGCGGUUGCGGCAAGAGAACAUGCAGCUGAGCACGGAUGCUCGCUCCGUGAGGGCGUAUCAGGAUGAGGUGGACUCGCUGCGGGAGAAAGCAAACCGGGUGGACAGGCUGGAGAACGAGCUGACCAGGUGCAGGGAGAGGCUGCAUGACGUGGAUUUCUACAAGGCCAGAAUGGAAGAACUCCGGGAGGACAACAUGGUCCUCAUCGAGACGAAGAACAUGCUGGAGGAGCAGCUGGUGGUGGCUCGGACUCGCUGCGACAAGCUGCACGACUUGGAAAAGGAAAACCUACUGCUCAAGUCCAAACUGCAGGACCUGGAGAUGGACCGGGAGGCAGAUCGGAAGCGUAUUGAGGAACUGCUGGAGGAGAACAUGGUGCUGGAGAUUGAGAAGAAGCAGAGCAUGAAUGAGUCGGCCCACCUGGGCUGGGAGCUGGAGCAAAUGUCAAGGAGCACGGACCUCAUGGGCGCCGGGCACAAGUCCUUUGUGCUGGAGAUGAACGAGUCCGCAUCAAGCCGCAUCCUGAAGCUGGAGAAAGACAACCAGAGCCUGCAACACGGGGUUCAGGAGCUCCGACAAGCCUUGUUGACAGCCGAGGGGAACAAAACCCGAAUCGCAGAGCUGGAGACCGAGAACGGGAAUCUCAGCUCAAAGGUGGCAACUCUUCAGACGGAGCUCGAACAGGAGAAGCAAAGCAACCAGGACAUGGGCAAUCUGAGUGAGGAGCUACUGCGAGAUAAAACGAAGUUAAAGAAGAGCAUGGAGCUACUCCAAGCUGAGCAAGAACGACAGGUAAAAGCACUGGGGCAGGAGAAUGAACACUUGAACCAAGCCAUCACCAACCUCCGGGUGAGAUCAGAAAUCAAUGCUGAAGCCAAGGUGAAGGAGGUUGAGAAGGAGAACAAAAGCCUUCAGCAGACCCUGGCCGGGACCAGCGGCCAGUUGGCCAAGCUGGAGUUUGAUAAGAAGCAGGCACACAAGGAGCUGCGACAGUACAAAGAGAAAGGGGAACGGGCCGAGGCGCUGGACAAGGACGUCUGCCGGCUUGAGCACGACAACGAGCAGCUCCAGAAGAGCGUCGCCUCCUUGAAGAUCGCCUGCCAGCACGUGGAGGCGCUGGAGCAAGAGGCGUCCACCCUCGAGGUGGAGAACGGCGCGCUGAAGAAGUCCCUCGACAGUUUGCAGAACUCGCUGGUCAAGUUGGAGUCGGUGAAGAAGGACAACCAGCAACUGGACGAGGAAAACGUGGAGCUGCGGAGGACGGUGGAGACCUUGAAGUUCGCCAGGACCAAGCUGGCCAAGGAGGAGACUGAGAGACGGGAGCUGGAGAGGGAGAGGGACGAGCUGCGGAAGGUCGCGGAGCUGUUGAAGUCCUCCGGUCGGAAGUCCGAGCGGCUGGAGGCCAGCUACCAAAGCCUGGACUCGGAGAACCAGAGGCUCCGGAAAACCCUGGACAACAGCGACGCCAAGACCCAGCGUCUGGAGAAGGAGCUGCGGGAGACGGAGAACGAGAACCAGCUCCUGCAGAGGGACCUGGAGGAGCUGAAGACCUCCAGGAGGAGGUUGGAGACGCUGGAGAUGGACAACCAGUCGCUGGAGCACGAGGCGGCGCGGAUGGAGAAGGACAAGGCGGCCCUGGACAAGGAGAACAAGAGGCUGUGGCAGCAGGUGGAACUGAAGCAAGCCAUCCAGGAGGAGAACAGCCUGAAGAUGAGCGCCCUGGAGAAGGAGAAACGCACGCUGGAGAAGGAAGUGGGCAGGUAUAAGGAGUGCACCAGUAAGCUGAAUGAUCUAGAAAUGGACUACAGGGAAGUGGUCAAGCAAUCUACAAUCAACACCAGGACACUAGCCACUCUCAGGGAGGAACUCUGCCACGAGAAACUCAGGAGCCAGGAACUGUCCAACGAGUUGGAAAAGCUCAAUCAGGAGCUGGAGAAGAUCGGGCUGACCAAGGAAAGGCUUCUGCAAGAAGAACACAGCAGCGAUGACAACAAAUACAAGCUCCUGGAGACGAGGAUUGAGUCCACGAUGAAGCAGACACUGGAGAUCAAGGAGGAGAAGGUGCAAGCUCUCGAGUCUCGGCUGGCAGAGUCCAGCACUCUCAACCAGGAGCUACGCCUCGAGCUCAGCACGGUCAAGCGGAACAUGGAGGCCCUGCUGCAGCGUCAGGAGGAGGAGAACAUUUCCUCCCAGUCGAACAGCUCGGAGAAGGAGAAGUGGGAGAAGGAAAACUGGGAAACCACGCUGGAGCUGCUGAAAGUGAAGGACACCGUCAUCGCGGUGGAGAGGAACAACGCAGCGCUGCAGGCCGAGAAGGAUCUUCUGAAGGAUCAGAUAAAGCAGCUGGAGGCUCAGAACAGCGCCGUCAACACGCAGAUCCUCAGCCUGCAGCGGCAAGCUGCGACCAUGCAGGAGCACACCAACACGCUGCAGAUACAGAACGCCAAGCUGCAGGUUGAGAACUCGACGCUGAGCUCGCAGGGUGCGUCGCUGAUGGGCCAGAAUGCGUCGCUGCAGAGACUGCAGUCGGGUGUGGAGAGGGAGAGGGUGGAGCUGGACAUGCAGGUGGAGGAGCUGGGGGGAAGGCAGCGAGCUCUGCUGGAGGACAAUGCGCAGCUGAUGCAGCUGAACGAGCGGCGGUCCGCAGAGUGCGAGACCCUCGUCACCCAGCUGGACCGUCUCAGAGCUGCCUACAACAACCUGGACACCCAGCACACGGACCUGGAGGGAAGGGUGGAGGGGCUGCAGCGAGAGCAGGUGGAGGUGCGGGACGAGAGGGACGGGGCGCAGCGAGAGGCUCAGAGGCUGCAGACCACGACCGAGGAGAACCGGCAGCUCAAGGACGACUUCAGCAGGCUGCAGUCAGAGAACAGUGGGAUGAGGGAGGAGUACGAGAGGCUGCAGGGCCUGGCCAGGGAUUGCCAGAGUGGACUAAACAGCAGCGACCUGGAGCUCGGACGGUGGAAAGCCAAGUACCACGAGCUGAAGGAGCAGCACCAGAGCCUGGACAUCUCCCAGGCCAAGAUGGGCGAUCACUGCGAUCUGCUGACCCAACUGAAGAGCAACUUGGAGGAAGAAAACCACUACCUGCUGGGUCAGGUUCAAUCCUUGAACCAACAGAACCAAACUCUUCUUGAGCGGUCGCUGGAGAGCAAGGAGCUCUACCACGAAGAGCAGAAGCUGUACAUAGACAAGUUACAUGCCCUUCGAAGGCAAAAGGAGAAAUUAGAAGAGAAAAUCAUGGACCAGUAUAAAUUCUACGAGCCAAGUCCAAAAAGGAAAAAUAACUGGGUGACUGCAAAGGCGCUGGUCAAGCUGAUGAAACCCAAGAAGGACAGUGCCAAGGAGCGGCUGAAGCUCAGCCCCGAAGCCCAGAGCCGGCAGGCGGAGCCGGCGCAGGUGGUGACGGUGCAGGCGGCCACUUCCCCGGCACAGAGAUCCAGCUUGGAUGACUCCUCGCAAGGGUCCAUCUCUCUGGAGGAACACGGUGCUGCCACGCCCAGUAAAGCCCCGCGUGAAGCCCAGAAACACAGGGAGAUGUGCGGGGCCUCAUCGCCGUCGCCCAGCGUGAGUCCCAGCCCCGAGAGCACCCGCGGGUGCCGGGCCCGGCGCACCGACCUGGCACCCCUGGCCCUCUCCACCCCUGCCAUCCACCUCAUCGCAGCCUCGCACUCCACGCCCAGGAUCAACGCCAGGCGGCACCCCCCGGCCAAAGGGUUCAACUCGGACGACGACAUUUGGGCCCAGCCGCUUGAAUUGGAGUUUACCAAGAAUGGAAAUGCAAGCCUCGGAGCUGAGGACCCUUUGGACGGCCUGAGCGGUGAAGACUUGGUCCCCAGCCGGGACGUGGGGGCGGGCCCCAGGGAGAACGCUCUGUACCGUUCCAGCUCCGCCACGCUCCCCAGCGCCAGGCCGGACCCCAGCCUGGUGCGGGGAAGCCCCCUGCCCUACAGGACCCUGCAGAGGGUGAAGCAGAGACCGGCGGAGGGCAGGGCAAGGCCAGCCUCGCCGGGCAGCGAGAUGGUCACCUUGGAGGAGUUCCUGCACGAGAGCGGGCAGUCGGCAGCCGGGGCAAGUUCUCGGGACGAGUUACUGAGUGACUACUUCAGGAAGAAGAGCGAGCCGUCGCGAAUCAGCGAGCAGCCUAACGUGAAUGAGGCGACCACAGCGCCAGCUGGGCUGGUGGGCAAGACGUCCGUGGACGGGAGCGCGCCCAGGCCGGGCCAGUUCGUCAGACCGAGCCCCCGCCCCUCACGGCACGAUUCUCCCAACGCUUCCUCCUGCGGCCAGACUCUCCCCGUACACGGGGGGAGCGUAGAUGCGGUGGUGCUGGGGGAGAAGGUCGGGCAAGCCCAGCGGCCUCCAUGCAGAGCGGGGUCACUGACCAGGGCCAUCAGCCUGGCUUCGGCCGACCUGCUGCGACGGGAGGUCCAGAGGCAGGAGACGCAGCCGCGAGGGUCCGCGGGACCCCCGCCCCUGGGCAGAGACGGCGGCGGUGGCAAGGGGGGCUGGAGGUCGACGGGAGACUGCCGGGCGGGGGAGCAGAGGGAGAGGCCGCAGUCGGCCCGGACUCCAGCGCUGGACCUCUCCUGCCGGACACUCGACCCCCGCCGUCUCUCCCUGGCCCCACCCAAAGACAAGACCUUCCUCCUCACCCUCCCCCCUGCUGCCAGUGGCCAGGCUCCCGCUGACCGCCGGGCCGGAGACAUCUCCCCACUCUUGCCCGAGGGCCACCUCGAUCCAGGAAGUGGGUCCCCCACCGCCGGCAACACUCCCCGGACCCCCGAAGACCCGGCGACGGGCCCCAGCAGCACACCGGCCUCCCCUGACCCCAACACCGACCCCCAGACUGUGUGGUACGAGUAUGGCUGUGUGUAACCAAGACCACACUGGGCCCUAGACCAUCACACUGGGCAUCAAACCAUCACACUGGAUACCAAACCAUCACACUAGGUACCAAACCAUCACACUGAGCACCAAACCAUCACACUGGGCACCAAACCAUCACACUGGGUACCAAACCAUCACACUGGGUACCAAACCAUCACACUGGGCGCCAAACCAUCACACUGGGCACCAAACCAUCACACUGGGCACCAGACCAUCACACUGGGUACCAAACCAUCACACUGGGCACCAAACCAUCACACUGGGCACCAAACCAUCACACUGGGCACCAAACCAUCACACUGGGCACCAGACCAUCACACUGGACACCAGACCAUCACACUGGGCACCACACCGUCUCAAGCAGCAAGGAACACCCAGCGACAAAGAACUGCAGACGCUGGUUUACACCAAAGAUAAACACAGUGCUGGAGUAUCUCAGCGGGUCAGGCAGCAUCUCUGGAGAAAGGGGAUAGGUGACGUUUC